AUGGCUUUUUCUGGCAAUCUGAUUGAUGUUGAUGACAUGGAAAAUGCAUCAUCCAUGCCACAAGUACACGGUGGUAGAAACAACAGGACGAUAGAUAGUACACAAUGCGCUCAAUUUCAGACCACAGCUACGAAUCUCAAUCGUGAUAUCGAAAAUAAUCUUGUUAACGGUACAAUAACCAUUGUUCGAGAGAAAUUUAAAACAUUAAUACUUAAACUACGUACGCCGAACCGUCGAUAUUUUGGUCUUGGUGAAUUGAUUAAACCUGAAGAUGAUAUUGAUAGGAUUAUUGAUGAAUUAGGUUAUGAAUUAAACCAAAAUGUGAUCGAAGCUAUCAAUGGAAUUCGUGAAGAAGUGAAAAAAGCCCGACCAAAUGAAAAUGACAUUGAUUAUCAAUCAAAACUUCAGGUUUACACAGAUGUUCUUGAAUAUGUGACAAAUUUAAUCAAGGAAUUGACACAAGUCUUUUGUGAAUGUUUAACUAACUAUCGUAUUCGUGUGGAACAAUUAUGGAAUAAUCUGCAACAUACAAGUGAUUGGAAUGAGAUUAAUAAUUAUAUUGAACAAUUCAAAAAAGACUUGUGUCAAUUCCUUGAUUAA